AUGCCGAGGCCUGAUCACGUGCAUCAUCUUUUUUCGCUUUUACCCACCAGCAAUGCUCUAAUGCAACGAUCGCUCUGGGACGCCUGUCGCCCUCGCACACCCAUAUUUGGACUCCGCUUUCGCUCAGGAGGGAAGUCGAAGAAGGGGGCCAUACCCCCGUCUUCACAUAACCGAAAGCAAAAGGCUCUUUUCAAGCAAUGGGGCGGUCAAGGAUACAAGCCAAAGAUCAUCCCAGACCUCCCCAUAUUCAAGUCUCCAACUCAAACCUCUUCCGAGUUUGAACUUGCUGCAGCGAAAUGGUGGAGGAACAGUGUCUCGAAAGAGCGCUUGGUGUCGUUCGGCGCGCCGGUUGAUGAUGCUACCAAGCUUCUUGAGACAUUUGGGAAGGAUGUUGAGGCUGGUUUCUUUGAUGAAGAGGCGAAGCAUUCGGAAUACCAGCUGGAAAAGCUGAGCGGCGCCAACAGCAUCCAAGCGGAUAUGGUGCUCUCUCAUGUCUUUUUCCGUUGGCUAAAGGCUCGCGGCCAAACACAACUGGGAAAGGCACACGAGGACACGGUGCAUGGGCUUCUCCAUUUGUCAAGGGCCGCCUCAAUUCCAUUUCCCGCCGAAAUAUUCGAGCGGGCCAGGCGAAUGCGACGGAAGAUUAUCAUGCAUGUGGGGCCGACCAACAGUGGCAAGACCUACCAUGCCUUACGUGCUCUUUCAGCUGCAAAAUCAGGCGUUUACGCGGGUCCACUCCGUCUACUUGCACACGAGAUAUGGGAGCGAAUGAAUCUCGGGCAGAUCGCUCCUCUCGGCGCAUCGGAGGAGGAAAUAGCGGAAGCUAGGAAGAUCAAGCCCAGCGUCGACCAUCCCUUCGCCAGAAAAUGUAACAUGCUGACGGGUGAAGAAGUCAAGAUAGUCGAGGAAGGCGCCCCACUCUCCAGCUGCACGGUGGAAAUGCUCUCCCUCGUCAUUCAUCGUGAUAUUGCUGUUGUCGACGAGAUUCAAAUGAUUUCGGACUCAAGUCGGGGAAAUGCAUGGACUCGAGCGGUACUAGGACUGUGUGCCGACGAAAUUCAUCUUUGUGGGGAAGAUACGGCAGUACCUCUUGUUGAAGAACUGCUCAAAGAGACCGGGGACGAGCUUAUUGUUCGUCGUUACGAGCGUUUGACACCCCUCACGGUUGAAAAACAAAGCCUGGACGGUGAUGUGUCCCGCAUCGAAAAGGGCGAUUGCAUUGUGACAUUUAGUCGCUCCUCCAUAUUUGCUACCAAAGCACUCAUUGAGCGCGAGACGCCCAUGAGAUGCGCUGUCGUAUAUGGACAUCUGCCCCCAGAAAUCCGCAGUCAACAGGCAGCACUCUUCAACGCUGGGGACGCCGACUACGAUGUUCUCAUCGGUUCCGAUGCCAUUGGGAUGGGGCUUAAUUUGAAAAUACGGAGAAUUAUUUUCCAGAGUGUUCACAAAUUCGAUGGUCAUCGUGAGACGGUUCUAUCUGUCUCCCAAAUGAAGCAGAUUGCCGGUCGAGCAGGUCGAUUUGGAAUGCACGACUCGCCAGGCGGGUUUGUCACAACCCUCAGGAAAGAAGACCUUCCUAUUCUUACCCGUACACUCCCUCUCCCCAACACGCCCGUUCGACACGCUCGCCUCAACGCGACCCUCGCUCAACUUACACGAAUUGUUGCCUGUCUCCCCGAGAACGUUAGCACCGAAACACUCUUCAAUGCUGUUUCAUAUACGGGCCGCUUCUCGCCUCAUAUCCUCCCAGCCGUCUACCAACACCUGCCAUUGAUUUCCCCGUUCCUCGACACCCACGAUCUUUCACUCGCCGACCGUCUUUUGCUACUUGAGGCUCCAUUUCCCUGGCGUGAUGUUUCCGCGAUGGAUGCCAUAAACCGGCUCAUUCACCAAUACAACGUCGACUCCCACAUUGAUUUUGAACUCUACGUCCAAGAAAUGGGAUUCCUGAUAAAGCUUCUUGACGCUGAAUGCGCCAUGAAGCUUGGGACAAAAUGCAAUGGAGAUACAUUCAAUCCUUCGAGAGAGCUUGCUGGCUUGGAGAACUUCCACAAGAUCCUCGUUCUAUAUAUCUGGCUGAGCUAUCGGAAUCCCGUAGCAUUCGACGCGUUUGAUAUGGCCGUAGGGCUGAAAACGCGGGUUGAGCAGGCCUUGCAUUGGUGUUUGGAGGAAAUGACAUAUCAGACUGGCGGGCAGAGACCCGAUUCCUUCGGACACAAGGAAGGAAUCGCAUACACGCAACGGAAGUCAAGGAACCUGGCCAUUGAAUCAAAGCAGGCUGACGAGGUAAAGCAGCCUCAUCAAGUGUGA